GCGUGCGAGCCAAACAGCCGAGCACUCUGCGCUACGCCAAGCGAGAGCAAUGACGACGCCGUCGUGCGCCUCCACGCUCGCUUGGAGCUCCGCCUUCUGCUCCUCCUCCUCCCCCUCCUCGCGGCUGGCUCCUCGCCUCCAGACGUAUAGCCGGGCCCCAUCGCUGGUCAUCGUCGCCCAGGGCAAGGUCAAGAAGUAUCGCCAGGUCAUACUGACAGACGACAUAAUAGAGGUGGGGAAGAAAGGGGAUACAUUGAAGGUGAGAGCUGGAUUCUACCGCAACUUCCUCCUCCCUAAGGGCAAGGCUACACUGCUCACCCCAGAAGUCCUCAAGGAAAUGCAACUAGAACAGGAGAGAAUAGAAGCUGAAAAGAAGCGGGUAAAAGAAGAGGCACAACAACUUGCCCGAGUUUUUGAAACUAUUGGGGCUUUCAAGAUUCCACGCAAAGGUGGAAAAGGAAAGCAAAUAUUUGGGAGCGUCACGGCACAGGAUCUUGUUGACAUAAUAAAGUCACAACUUAACAGGGAUGUCGACAAGCGUCUCGUGACAGUUCCAGAAAUUCGUGAAAUUGGAGAGUAUGUUGCAGAGAUUAAGCUUCACCCUGAUGUCACAGCUCGAGUAAGGCUGAAUGUUUAUGCAAAAUGAGCUCUGCAGUUAGAGAAGCUUCAGUGGAUGGCGACUUUGGUGAAGCCUGAUUUCGCCAGGUGAGGUCAUCUGCAAGCCUUUUGCAAUUGCCCUGCUUAGAUUUUGCUGAAACUGCCAGGUGCUGUGGCAGAAUAUGUGGGCCUGGUUUUCGUCCAUUGACUGCCCAUCUUACCUGUAAAGUCAUUUUCUUGUGUCUUGUUGACAAAUUUGUCUGUUGAUUUUGUGAGAUAAAAAUAGAGAGGGCUGUAAAGCACAAUUUGGUUAACGUUGUAGCUGCCAAGCAUUACUUUGUGUGUUAA